UUUAAAGUGACUCUUCAUUCAUUUCGCGCCGUUGUCUCCGGCGUCAUCAAAGGCAGCUAAACUCAUCUGCUAACUUCACUUUUACAAGUUUACAGUCUUGAGGUGGCGAUAAUGGUGAGGAACACCUCGAGAAAUACUGGCUACACACUGACACGCAGGUCCAAGCACAAACACAAGAGGACUCAGCACCACCACCACCAUCAUGGGCCCCACCCGGCUAGAACCAUCGUGACCCGCCGACAGAGUCACAUCAGCGGCAGCUUCUUCCACAUGCUCCCCCCGGAGGUGUUUGACAUGAUCCUGGACAAGCUGUCUGUGCUGGAGAUGAGUGUGUUCAGCAUGGUGUCCAAGGAAAUCACCGGAUGUGUUGUUGACUACAUCUCUACCGUGGCCUGGAAGAACAGAACGAUCGUUCAGAGCUUUCACCACUCCACCUGCCUUGAACAGAGAUCUACUAUCGGACACUACAGAGAUCUGGGUUUGUUGUUCAAGAGGUGCACCCUGUUGCUACCGACAAAGGAAAGGUUAAAAUUUAUCUUUAGCAAGUUUUCACAGAUCCCCUGCUUCAUGUUGGAGCAGUGUUCAUCACUAGACUGCACUGGCUUCUGCAGCUACGGAGUCUUCCUCCAGACACUGAUCGCAGGCUGGGAUGAGCUGGAGUGCCAAAGAGUGUUCAACUUCCUGUGUGACCUCACAAAUCUACUGCAAAAAGUUGACGCAGUCAUUACUGGAAAACCAGGUGUGAGGUGGUACAAAGAGCUCCAGCUCCGUCUAUUCUGCCGUCAGGUUCUGUUGGACCCGUGGCCGAACCAACCAGAUUCCCAGUUCUGGCUAAUGCAACUCCUGAAGCCUUGGCCCAUGGUCAGCCAAGCACGCUUACUGUUCAUCCUCUAUGGACCUCUGCUUCCUGAGGGCAGCCUCGGUUGGCAGGAUCUGGUGGAGAGGGGGCUGCCUCACAGCGCUCUGUGGGACCUUUCCAAGGCCAUCCUCCUGCUUUUCGACAAAGUAGAAGUCAAAGACAAUGUGAUUCAGGCAAUCCUGGAGGAGCUCAUUGUCAUUCCCCAGCCAUGGCAUGUGGAGAAUGUGGCCCGCCUCUUGGUGCUGUGUGGCAGCAGUCUCUGCUACGCCAUUCUAUCCAGCAAGGCCAUCAACGGACGACUUCGUGAGAUCUCCAGACUCAUCGUGUACAUCAUAAUGGUGUGCGAGAAGGACGGCUAUCACAUGUCCUGGGCGGUGAAGCUGGUACAGCAGAUCUGCAAGAUCUUCAACACAGCUCCUGAAAGGUUCUUCUUCAUCCAGGAGCUGGAGAACAUGUUUUCAGAGGUCACCAGGGAUGUAUUUGAGUUUUCUGUAGCAGGAAACCAUUUUGGAGACGGGGAGACUUUCCAGACCCUGUGUAUCCUCCUGAACUCCAGUGCUCGCUUCCACACUACAUUCCUCCACAUGCUCCUCAAAUAGUAACGAUGAAGAUUGAAAGUGACAAGAUGUGGAGGAUAGGAGGAUUUCUUUUACAGUUUAAAAUCUUGUUCCUCUAAAAAUUUUUGUAAACUAUUUAAUAUUUAUUCAUUAACAAUAACAAUAUUUAUUGACGCUAUUAUUUAUUCUCAUUGAACCUCUGUGCAAAUAUAGCUGUGAUACA